CAAGUCCCGCCUUCCAUCGCAUGGGAUUGGAUAACGGCGCCAACGAUUUCUGCUCUCCGAUUGGCUAAUAGUUCAUGCGUGUAAAGUACUAGCUAAUGACAGAGUAGGAGGGCGGGGUUUGUCGGAAUACGGUUGGGAACAGAAAAAUCGAGGUUUUUUUUUUUUGUAGCAACGUAGCUAGUGGCUAGCUGGCUGUGUGGAGAAAGCAGGGAAAGAAAAAAUAAAAACAGCGGAAUUAUGAGCAGCCAGAGCUCCCGAAAUGAGACGACAGCCGCGGUGAACGGUCCCGACCCGGCCGCGGCGAGCUCCAGAGAGCGGAAACACGGCGGCGGCGGGGUGGUGAAGAGGCUGAAAUCUCGGCGGAGCGCGGCGGAGCGGCGGCCCGUGACCGAGGACGAGCUGCGGGCUUCAGGCAGAGCCAUCACCCCGGAGGAAGUGCUCGCGCUCCGCACCGUCACGCGCGACUACCUCUGCAAACCCGAGGACAACGUCUACAACAUCGACUUCACGCGCUUUAAGAUCCGAGACCUGGAGACGGGCACCGUGCUGUUCGAGAUCGCCAAACCUCCUCACUGCGAUGUUGAUGAUGAAGAUGAAGAAAACGUCGAUGUAGACACGAGUACCGGCCGAUUCGUUCGCUAUCAGUUCACACCGGCGUUUCUUAAACUUCGCACAGUCGGAGCCACCGUGGAGUUCACCGUAGGAGAUCGGCCCGUGAAUAAUUUCCGGAUGAUCGAGCGUCAUUAUUUUCAGGAGCGCCUGCUGAAGAACUUCGAUUUUGACUUUGGCUUCUGCAUACCGAACAGCCGCAACACGUGCGAGCACAUCUACGAGUUCCCCCAGCUGCCGGACGAGCUCAUCCGUCAGAUGGUGGAUCAUCCGUACGAGACUCGCUCAGACAGCUUCUACUUCGUGGAUAACAAACUGAUCAUGCACAACAAAGCAGACUACGCUUACAACGGGGGCCAAUGAUGCUGCUGACCGGGACCAGGUCACGCUCUGGGGGUGUGUGUGUGUGAGUGUGUGUGUGAGUGUGUGUGUGAGUGUGUGUGUGUGAGUGUGUGUGUGUGAGUGUGUGUGUGUGUGUGUGUGUGUGUGUGUGAGGUCACAGUUCCGUCCCUUCACCACAGCCAUCGUCUCACACCUCAUGGACUUCUCCUGAAGAAAAGAUCUCUUUCGUCUCUCCGUCGUUAUUCUGAUAUAAAACUCGUUCCUUUCGAUCAGCUCGGAUUUUUUUCCCCCCAAAGUUUCGUUCCAGCUGUCGAUUAUAAACGUCGUGUUUUUCCCCAAAAGUGAACAAAAAACUCUACAACGUUCCAGAAAGUGAAUACAGAGAGAUUAUAAUAUACUACAUACAGACGUAAUACUAACUUUCAGCCAGAAGGUGUUGAUUAAUUCUCUAGAACAGCAGCUCUGACAGUAGUGCAGGUUUAUAUUAAUGCGCUCGUUCUGGUACGUUAUGGUUUCUAUAGCAACACAGGGACGCGUACAGCAGACGUUACACUGAUAAUAAACGUAAUCAUCGGUAUGGGGAAGUUUUCUGUAAGGAGAAAUGUGUGUAUGUAACAUUUAUGGAAGGAGUCUCCAGUGUCAGCGCUCUGUAACAGUCAGAGGUAAAGCUGUAACUUUAAUCUUUUUUGUUUUUGUUUUUUUUUAAAGACGCUGGUGAGGGAACGAAUGUUUAUAGCUGCUAUAACGUAAGUGAGAACAGGAACUCACUCGCUCCAAAAAUGUUUCACAGCAUUAAAUGUAACUAUAAACGGAUAAAAAAAAGUACAAUCUGGUGUUCUUUAAUGAAUAUAAAUUGCAGUCGUUGGUAAAUUGCGUACGUAUCGCUUUCGAAGAAUUUUCAUUGUUUCGUUAUUUACAGAUUAAUAACAUUCAAUCCUAAAGAUAAACAUUAACGUUAACGCUCCAAAACACGAUUCCGGUCUGUAACGCGCAUCAUAAACGCUAGUUUACAGUUAGGAUUUGUUUACUCGACAUUAAAGCGGCGGUGUGUGAUGUUCAGCGCCCUCUGCUGUGGGUAAGGUGAAUUACAGUUGUGAUGAAAACACUAAAGAGUCUUUAUCUUUUGCUUUUCUUUAUCCGCCUCGUUCCCUCUGUUCAGACUCCAUAUGUCAGGGGAAUUGCCUUAUAAGGAAAAAGGGGUGGAGCUGAGCGGAUCUGGUUCAUGAGGAGGCGGGGCUUAUUGGAGGGAAAACGAACCAAAACACGAUUCCGCUUGAAUUUUUUAUUUUUUUUCUUUCUUCAGCGUAUCUAGAGUUAUGUGAUUAUUUCAAGUUGAGAAACGUUUACAUUUUAAAAUACGCAAAAAAAAUUAAAUUAAAAAAAAGUUCUGUAUCUUUUUUUUUUUUUUUUUUUGAUUAUUUUCUGUGUUAACAACAACAACAAAAAAAGCGCUAUUAUUUCCGCUCUUAAAAGCUGCUUCAGAAAUAAAGUGAAAAACGGCGCCACCUUGUGUUCAGACUAGAAAUGAAUUAAUUAAUUGAAUAAUGUUCUUUAAGAUGAACUGAAUUAUAAAUGAAGAAAUAAAAAUGCAGUGCUCUUGCGACACAUUUUAAGAGAGUCAUAAAUAAUGGCACCCCUUCUCUUCGAUACUGAAUGAAGUGUUUAGUGUGUGUGUGUGUGUGUGUGUGUGUGUGUGUUUAUUGAAACUGCUCUGCAUUCAUCUGGUUUUCUUGCACGGUGAUGAGGAGAAAAAGUUUUUUUUUUAAAAAAUCAGAGGUGUGAUUGAAAUCCUGAAAUCAGUCAUCAGUCAGAAUGUCAUUAACACUGUGUGUAAGGAGCGUGUUACUGUCUGAAUGACUGUGUGUGUGUGUGUGUGUGUGUGCGCGUGUGUGUGUGUGUGUGUGCGUGCGAGAGCUCCAUGUGUGUCUGAUGUGUCUGAGUGUCCUCACCGUCACACACACCUGUAUCCGUCGCUCAGCAGUGUUUCGUUUGUGUCUAACGCAGGAGAUUCGCUGAAACACACAGAAAAACUUUAUUCCGUUCGUAAUAUCGCACAAAUCGCUCUUUUUAAAUUUAAGUUUUUUUUUUUUCGCCAGGAACUCGCUGAUGAUCAUCACAGACGAUUUAUCACAGUAUCGUACAGUCGGAAUAUUGUUAUUAUUGUGGACACGAGCUUCAUUUACGGUUAAAAAUACUGAACAGAUAAACACACAGACGGUUUAACAAAUCGAAUCACGAGACGGUUUUGUAAACAGAGAUAAACGUCGCAGGAUUAUCGUGAUGGAAAAAUUAAAUAUCGACACUAAUCACGAUAUAAAAAUAGCAAACUGAUUAUGAUUAAUUGUUAGAAUCAGUCUCUUGAUAAUUUUCAGAUCCAAAAUCAUAGCUUUACGAAUCUCAGAUCAGGUGUUGGCCCCGCCCACUGCGUUACGAUUGGCUCUCGAUAUGUAGUUUGUUUUCCAUAAAGAGCGAUAUUUUUAAUUUCGCUCUUUUUGUUUGUUUGUUUGUUUUGUUUUAUGGGAAACAUCUCAUUGUUAUCUCAUUAAAGUGUCCUUAAAACUUCGUUAUAAUUUCUCAGAGCUCUGAACAGGCCACGAAAAUAUUUUUUAUUCGAAAGCAUUACGAAUAAUUCAGUUCCUAAGUUAAUUAAAUCGUGUUUUGGUUCCUUUGCUCCUCUCCUGUAGCGGUGAUGUGUUACAGUGAAUUUCACAAUAUGGGACCAAAAAUAAUCUUUCCUUUUCUUUCUUUUACUUUAAAGGGAAAGUUCUGAAUAUUUACAUACGUUCUAAAAAUAUAUUCUGAAAUAUAUUUCCCUUCUAUAUGUGCAGUCCAUAAUAAUAAUAAUAACAAUAAUAAUAAUAAUAAUAAUAAUAAUAAUAAUAAUUGGAUAUUGUGAUAUAUUGUGUACCUGAUGAUCAGUGUGUGUUUAGUAAAAGUUCCAGCGUCUGAAUGAGAUUAUACAGAUGAUUAUAAAUUCAUAUAUUAUAUAAAAAAUAAAGCUCUAAAUAAACUUUGUCAUCGUAAAUCACGUGAUUUCACACGUGCGAGCUGUUAAAUCCUUUUUUCCUGACGUUGUGUUGAAUGUUUUUAAUCCUCACGUUACUGAACGAGGCGUAAACGGAGCCACUUUAAAGUGUUUUAUUUGUAUUUUUGUCGUCUGUAAAGAAACCCCGCCGAUGUUUGGUUGCCAUGACGCCCGAUGAGAAGCCGAGUCAUGUUUCGUCCAGUAGAAAAGCUGGUUAUGUUUCUGUUACUGAUUUCUGUACAAUGUGUUCAACUGGAAACAUGCUUUAUAUACUUUCUUAUUUUUAUUUUAUUUUAUUUUAUUUUGCAUUGAUGAUGAUGAUGAUGAUGAUGAAGCCUGUAUCAGGACUGAACUGAAAAUAUCACAAAACUCCCCAAAAUCCCAGCAGAGAUAAUGAACCAACAGAAAUCUACACUCCAGACAUGUUUAUUAAAAGUAAAAUCGCUGGGAUUAUUGCUGACUGGUGUGUGAGACGUUUUCAGGGUCACGUGUUGAUGAUUAGACGUGAGAUUACGGACCGUUUGAUGCCUUACAGUAGAUCAGAUUGUGAGCUGGAUCUGAAAAAAAAAACAAAAAAAAACACUAAACUGUUUCUGAAAUUCUGUGAGACUGAAAUGAAACGUUUUUUUCUUCUGAUUAUAGUUUUGAAAAGAUUGUAUUAUAGACGAGACAAAUGUAGAAGUUUGUUUGUCAUCAGUUUCCUUCUGUGUGAAUUCUAGUUGUUUAUAAAAAAAAAUGGAAGAAAAUAAAACAUUUCAUUAAAAA